AUGGCAAACAACCCUCCCCCAAGCCGGCUGGUCCCCGUGGGGGAAAAAGACUACAACCCUCCAGCAAAAAUUAACAUUAAUAAUACAACUAAUGCAACCAAAACAACUGGCAUAACAAAACCACUACAACCAACCCUCAAAAUUGGAACAUUAAAUGUAAGAUCACUAGCUACAACAAAAAGCUUUAUAGAACUAACGUAUAUGUUGCAACAAAUAAAAAUCGAUAUACUUGGCUUAGCAGAAGUUAGAAGAAUGGGUUUUUCAGCGUUCUCAGAACGAGUCGCUCUAUUGAAAAUAAAAUGCAACAACCAACUGCUUUCAAUAAUACAAGUAUAUGCACCCACUGAAAAAGCUACAGAUGAGGAGAUCAACUCGUUCUACACAACUCUACAGAUAGCGCAUAGUCACACAGGAGAAAGCGUAUUCUUAAUCGGUGAUUUUAAUGCAAAAGUUGGCCAACUGAAAACUGAAGACAGUGAAAACUUUGUUAUGGGAAAAUUCGGUUACGGAAAUAGAAAUGAAAGAGGAGAAAAACUAAUUCAAUACGCACUGGAACAUAAGCUGUCAAUUAUGAACUCCUUUUUUAAGGCUCGAAAAAACCGCAAAUGGACUUGGCUCUCCCCUUGUGGUAAAAUAAAAAAUGAAAUUGACUUUAUACUGUCAAACCACCCCAAAAGGAUUAGAAACAUAGAAGUACUACAUGGCUUUGGAUUUAGAUCUGAUCAUCGCUUAGUUAGAGCUACGUACACGCUAGAACAAGGUAAGAAGAGCAGAAUAUCAUUUAAUACACAACCUAAGCUACUAAGGACAAAUGAGGAUACAUCUUCAUACUUAAAAAACCUUGAGAUCAAUAUACGUCAACUGGAAACAUACCAAGAAGAAGAUAUUCAACCUUUUUACAACAAACUAGCUAACAUCAUCAACACCAGCCUUGCUUGCAGAUCAAAAAAUAAAGAACAAAAAAUGAUUAAUAAAAUACUUAGCGAGUCUACAAAAACUUUUCUCACAAGACGAACGGAACUGCUAAAAAUAAAACAAAAAACGAAAGAAAUGAAGGAAGAACUAAGCACACUAUUUAAAACUACAAGUAAGGCAAUAGAUAAAGACUACAAAGAAUAUAGACAUAAAAAUCAUUGA